AUGAAGAUGGGUUCACUAGAAAGAUCAAAGAAGAAAGUUCUUCUAUGGAAGAAGGCCAUGCUCCAUUUUUCCCUAUGUUUUGUGAUGGGCUUUUUCACAGGCUUAGCUCCAACAGGUAAAUCUUCUCUCUUUUCAACCAAAGUUGCUGUUUCAAAUAGGACACAGUUUGCUCCACAACCCAGUGAAAAGUCACACCUCACAACAAAUGUCAAUAAAAGUUGGCUAGCUCCAACUCCAGUGACCACGCCCAUGAAGCCUGGAAUCCUUGAACAUGAAAAGAAAAAAACAACACCAAAGUUGAAUGUGAAAGAACAGCCCCAGUUGAAGCCUAGAAGACUCAUAAUCAUUGUGACUCCAACAAGCACCAAACUACCCCACCAAGCAGUGUUUUUGAGAAGGUUGGCAAAUACCAUAAAGCUGGUUCCUCAACCAUUGCUGUGGAUUGUUGUGGAAGCAAAAUCAAAUUCCACAGAACUUCCUGAGUUACUAAGAAAAACUGGCAUCAUGUAUAGGCAUGUGGUUUUCAAGGAAAACUUCACUGAAUUAGAAGCAGAACUGAACCACCAGAGAAACCUUGCACUGAAGCACAUUGAACAUCACAGACUCAACGGCAUUGUACACUUUGCUGGCCUUUCCAAUGUCUAUGAUCUCCAAUUCUUCAAUCAGCUUAGAGAUAUUGAGGUCUUUGGAACAUGGCCAACUGCAUUGUUAGCUGCACAUAGGAAAAAAGUGAAAAUCGAAGGACCUGUUUGCGAUUCGUCACAAGUGAUUGGUUGGCAUCUAAGAAAUAUGAACAAUGAAACUGAUACAAUCACUCCCCCAAUUCAUAUUUCAAGUUUUGCAUUCAAUAGUUCCAUCCUUUGGGACCCUGAGAGAUGGGGUCGCACUUCCUCUGUUCAAGACACUUCUCAGAAUUCAAUCAAGUUCGUGAAGCAAGUAGUUCUAGAAGAUGAGGCUAAGUUAAAGGGAAUUCCACCAGAGGAUUGUUCCAAAAUCUUGCUUUGGCGUUUCAAUUUUCGUGGCCGAACCACCUCAAAUCACUAA